GAGCGCAAGCUCCAUGAAGACUGGCUGAAGCAUGAGGCAGUUUUCAACGCACCGUGCAACCACCGGAGCCACUCGACACCCAACCAACCAAGACCCUAUCCAAAAGCAGAGGCAAGCCAGACCAAGACGAGACGCAAGCUGCAGGCACCCGCUCGCGCCCGCGCCAUGAAGUGCUGGUGCGUGCACGCGCCAAGAGGAGCAAUGGCGACGCCGCUCUCCAGCCCCUUCGCUCCCACCACCCUCCGCUCCCCUCUCCGGCAUCGCGCCCCGCUGCUGCUGUUGCCGUUCCCUCCCCGUGCGGCCUCCUCCGGCGAGGACACCGCAGCAGCCGACCAGGAGCCGGCCCCGGCGGCCACCAAGACGGCCACCGCGGACGACGACUUCGAGCAGCGCGUGCUACAGAUCAAGUCCCGCGUCGGGCCCAAGAAGCGCGGCGCGCGCAAGAAGAAGGCCGCGGCGUCGUCCGCGUCCGCCAACGCCGUGACGCUCCCGCCCGUGCCGCUGCGGGAGCCCCGGUCGGCGCUCGGCGCGCCCGUCGAGUUCGGCUUCACCGCGUACAGCGAGCGGCUCAACGGCGCGCUGGCCGCGGUGGGGCUCGCCGCGGUGCUGCUCGUGGAGCUGGGAUCCGGGCAGGCCCUGGUGAAGUACCACCAGCCGGCCACGCUGUUCCUGCAGGCGUACACCGUCGCCGCGGCCGCCGCGCUGUUCGUCAAGUACGAGAAGGAGCGGAUCAGCACGUGGCCGGGGCCGCCGGCCAAGUGAAAUGGCGAGUUUUUGUUCCGGUAGGGUGCGUCUUUUUCUUGUAAUUUUACCUCUCGAUGUGGAAUAUGUGUGUUGUGAGAACUGGGAAAUGUCAGGACAUUCGAGGAAAGAAGAGCUUGAUUAACAGUCGCUUUAACACCCUUAAUUUCAUUUCAUCA